ACGGGAGGCGGAGGGAGACGGUGACGGUGACGGUGUCAAAUAACAAUUUAACUUAAACAUAACAUUUUUAUUUUAUUAAACUCCCGUCAAACGUAUCGCUGUUUUCGAUACGUGUGUUCCAAAAGUUAAACCAUGUCAACCCCGGCUAGAAGAAGACUUAUGAGAGAUUUUAAACGGCUACAAGAGGACCCUCCAGCUGGUGUCAGUGGUGCACCAUCUGAAAACAACAUCAUGGUGUGGAAUGCAGUCAUAUUUGGCCCUGAAGGAACUCCUUUUGAAGAUGGUACAUUUAAACUCAUUGUAGAGUUUACAGAAGAAUACCCCAACAAACCCCCCACAGUACGCUUUGUGUCAAAGAUGUUUCAUCCUAAUGUCUAUGCAGACGGCAGUAUAUGUUUGGACAUCCUGCAGAACCGCUGGAGUCCAACUUAUGAUGUGUCCUCUAUUCUUACAUCUAUCCAGUCCCUGCUUGAUGAGCCAAACCCCAACAGUCCAGCCAACAGUCAGGCCGCUCAGCUGUACCAGGAGAACAAGCGGGAGUAUGAGAAGCGCGUGUCGGCCAUCGUAGAACAAAGCUGGAGAGACAGUUGACCUGACAGUCCUCGUAGCUGCUCUCUCCAUCGUGAAGCUGUGUGUGCUGCAAGUUUUAGUGGAGUACCUCUUCAUUUUUUGGGCCCCCUCCUUUUUUGAUUUUAAGCUUUUAUGCACUUUACCUCCAACUUCCCCUUCAUAUUUUUUUUUCUUUUCGCCCAUCAAGAGGAAUCUAUUUUUUCUAUUCUACCCUCAUUAUUUUUCCAUUUCAGGGGAAAUGUGCUGAAUCUUGCCUUGUUGUUUUGUCAGUAUGGACUUGUGGGCCCUUACCCCAAAAAUUCUGGUGUGUUCUAACUUGCUGUAGUAACUCCCCCUUGACUAAUUAUGUGAACUGUCAUGGAGGGUUUAUCAAUUAAGUCCUGGCUCCUGUUCUGUUGUAUUCCUUAUCCUCAGUUUUGUUCUCACCAUGCGGUUUAUCUGGGCUCUUUCUCAUCCCACCUGUCCUGUGGAGAACGAGCUGCCCGAGCAUCACAGACUUUAACUCAAAUCAGACAUCUUUACACCGUGUCUUUUGCUGUGUUGUGAAAUCUUGUUACAUGCAUGACAGAAAGAGUGUAUUCAUGUUCCUGUUCAGUACUCAUGUAUAUAAAGAAAACCUGCAACUGAAUUUAUGUACAGAUUUUGCACUGGUUGUCUCCCAUUGUCAUUUUUUUCAGCCCUUGUAAAUAAAAAAAAAGGCAAAGUCAUCGUGAAGUUGAAA